UAAACAGAAACAAAGCGGAGCACGAGACGUUUGGAUUACAGAAAUUGAACGCGCAACCAAAUAUACACACGAUAAUCCCACAUUCGCACUGGCGUUCGCGUUUUAAUAAAUGCACAUCUAGUUUUAUUUAUAAACUCGUGUUAGGGCGCCAAGUUCUGCAAUCGUUUCGGGAAUUAUAUAUAUAUAAAUUUUUUAUAAAGUGCAGGUCACUGACGACGACAACGACGCCGUUGCCGCUUCUUCUGCUACCGUCUCUGCCGCUGUCGCUGUCUCUGUCGCUGUUUUCCUGAGCGGUGCUAAUGUGCUAAUAUUUGUUGUUUUUUUCGUUUUUUUAGUUUAUUUUUUUAUUGUGUUUUUUUUUUUAUUGCGACGGAAAUUGCCUUUAAACUGAGUGUCGUCCGUGUGUGUGUGUUUGUUGGUUUUUUUUUUGUUGAAUUUUUAAAUCCAAUCAAGCGGUAAUUUCUGCACAAGUGUGUGUGUGUGUGUGUCUAAGUCGAAGUACCGUUAUUUGGUGCACCUAUGCUGGCCCUGGCCCCGCCCACACCGCCGCCCCCUCAAAAUGCCCCACUGCUACCAUCAUCUGUGAAAUCGAAUAUUUUUCCUACCACUGCUGCUGCUGCGACCUCUGCUGCUGCUGCAACCGCAAUGCAGUCGACGUCAAACGGUUCUGUCGCAGCUGCCGCCGCUGCUGCUGUCGCCGUCGAUGAGCGGACGCGUCUAUUGAGCGAGGAGGAGAUUACUACUACUACUAGUACUACCGUUACCUCUUCGCCGCCACCUCCUUUAUCCGCCACUCCUGCUAUUGCUGUCUCUGUUGCGCCGCCCACAACGCUGCCGCUGGUGCAUACAACAGCAACAACAACAACAAAUAUACAACCGUCCCAACAACAACAACAACAAAAUAAUAAUAAUAAUACAAACAACAAUAAUGCGGUUAGAAAUGUGGUCAAUAAAACGAAUAAAAAUCAAAAUCAACACAACAACAACAAUGCAACAGGAGAGACAGAGACAGAAAUUAAUUCAACAGUAAUAGCAACAACAACAACAACAGCUGAUGAAGAGGAUCUGUCCAGCGAUCUGAGCGAUAAAUUCCCACGCCCCCAAAAGAAACCCGGCAAACUGAGUAAACUGGGCACCAAGCAAGUCGGCCUCAAACGCGUCUCCUUUGGCUCCUCGAAAGGCUCUAUGGUGGAGACGCUGGUAUUCGAGACGCCGACUCCUUUGUCGGAGCACGUGGAGUCCACGUUUGGAUUCGAUGUUGCCGCUGAUGCAUUUGCCGCUGCCGCCGCUGGACAGCCGCAGUCGGUGGCUGCGACGCAUCCGCAUCCGUCGCACCUGCCGCUGUCAGGUAGCUACAGUGGAGACUACACCAAGGCGAACAUGGACGAUAGCGGCAUCGAGGUUCAGGAAGAAGCGGAGCGCUCGAUUGUACGCGUUUCGAUUUACCAAAGCAACCAGCCGCAGCAGAUCUGUCCACCGGCAGAGUAUCUGCUGGAUUCGAUAGACGGCGGACUCGCCUACAACUACAGCUUGGACUACGAGACGGCGGUGGCGGCGAUGCAGCAGCAGCACCAGCUCGGCCUGGGAGCGGCCUAUGACCGCCAACAGAGCACUGAUUCCGGCUGGGAUAACCCAUUUCGUCCAGGCGGCGAUCUCUCCAGAGAGGCUGAUGAAAUCGUCAACAUGAUUAGGGGAGGUAAACCCAUCACACCCACAGAGGACCGUACAAUAGGCAAUGGUAGCGCACAUGCGGAUGAUAAUUGCAAUGGCGGAACAGUGAUUGGCGAGAGCGUGACCAAAACAAACCUCUCGCAGAAUCAAGCAACAGCACAAAAUGGUACAAAUUCCCAUGCCGGCAAGCUGGAGGCUGGCGACAAGUCAGCGACGUCGGCGGAUCAGAGCAACGGUGGUGGUGGUGCCAACAAUGGGGUUACCAAUCUGGGACAGGUCUCCAAGCAGGUGGUACCGGGACCCACCUCUGCCAGUCACGUGGUCAUCGACGAGAAGAAGAACAAGAAGAAGGGAUGCUGUGUGAUCCAAUAAUCAGCACAGCGGAGAAAAGAGAGCAGAAGAGAAGAGAAGAGAAAAUGUGGUGGAGGAGGAUCAGAAACACGAAAAAGAAGAUCAGAAAGGACGAAAAUGCAUAAACAUAAGCGAUGAUGAUAAUGAAGAAGAGCAAGAUAAAGAAGAAGAGAUGGAGGGGGACAUUAUUUUCCGGCUAACGGUGUGUUUUUGGAUGUUAAU